AGUCCAUUAUUUUUGUCUCAAUAUAUUUUCGCUUUUAUAUUACUGCAUCUUACCAUCACCAAAAAAGAGAAUACCUUCCUAAAUGGCGAUCUAGGGUUCAAUGGUUUUCCGACGAUGGGAUCCGGGUCCUUGCUUAGGAGAUUGGUUCGUCACGGGGAUUCAGGAAUGCGCUUCUGAUAGCCAGAAACGAGGCUUUCAAUCGGAUCAAUUGGGGAUAAUUUUGGGGUUCAAUAAGGAUAUUUGGGUGAGGUUAUGGAAAAGCAAUAUUUCGAUGGAUUGGAUUGGGAAUCCGUUUGGUAUCAAUACGGAAUCGUGGAACAAUAAAGGAUUUGGUGUGUGGGGGCAUGGAUGUUAUGAGAUUUUUUGGAUUGGAGAUCGGAAAGUAUCAAUUUGCAGGGAUAUGGGUUUAUGGGGAAAGAUCUUUUGCAGGAAAUCACGGCCAAUAGGGGUCAAUAUAAGAGAUUGCUUGAAAGCCAACUCUUGAUUAACAAUGAGGGACUGAAUAAUGGCGAGGGUAUGCGCAAGAAACUGAAGAUUUCAGUGGCACAUUUCAACAACUCGGCCUUAAUCAAGACAUAUUCCAAAACCCUGAUUGGAAGGUGUAUGAAUCCAGAGGAGCAGGAGAUGAAGGCGCUGUUCACUAAUCUCCCGAAGAUAUGGAAAUUGGAGGAAAUAGUUACUGGUAUGGAUUUGGGAUUUGGCAAAUUUCAGUUUGAUUUCAAGACUGAGGAGGAGCUUGAAGGGGUACUGAAGCAGCAACCGUUCCACUUUGACUAUUGGAUGCUAGCUUUGGCGAGGUGGCAACCAAAACAAUCUAAGGCUUUCCCAUCAGAGAUCAUGUUCUGGGUCCGCGUCAUUGGUCUACCGCUGGAGUUCAGAACGGUCCCUACUUUUGAAAGUAUUGGUGGUGCUUUGGGAAGAACGGUGGCAGUGGACUUGGUUCAGAAUCGGGUUCAGGUGGUGAUUGAUGCUUUCAAGGAACUGUGUUUUGAAACAACCAUAGAUUUUAAAGGUGGAGAGUUCUAUGAAGAGGAGGAAGUGGCAGUUUCACUACGCUACGAGAAGCUGUUUGGCUACUGCAAGCUCUGCGCUAGCCUAUGCCAUAAGGAAGAGGUUUGCCCAAAGGCUCCAAAAACGAGUCCGGAGCGAAAAAGGGAAAUCAGAGAAGGGAAUGGAGGAUGGUUUGAUGAGGCGAAACAUGAUGAGCGAGCUAGGAGCUACAAGGGUGUAGUUAUUAACGGUAACGUGGGACAACAGAAUAAAGAAAGAGAAGGAAGGGAGUUUUACGGGAAGGGUAAAGGGAAAAUGGCUGAAGCACAAGAUUCCAAAUGGGUUAAGGUGGCGGAGAAGGGACAUAGGAGACUUUACAACAAUCAAGGAAACUACAGGGGAGAUGGUGAGGGCUCGAGGUACAAGUCUGGUCGUCGAGAAGACGCGAGAAAUGGUAACUCGGAAUUGGGAUUUGGAGUCCAAGAAACUCGAAAUGGAACUUCCUCGGGGCAGUCUAGAACAGUCCAGGAGCAGAGGGGGCCACCUAGGGAAGAUAGAGAGGAGGGGGAGAUAAAGAGAAAUGGUGAGGAAGAUACGAGGUUGCCUUCCAGAGAAUUUCAAAUGGAGCUAGCUAAGAUGCAAGCGGAGGGGACGGAGGUGAUAGUGGAACCUACUAAUGAGGAGAGGGGCUUGAAUAUGAUCAACGGAAUGGUUGAGAAGCGGGAUUAUACUGAAGAGGAUCUAGAAAUGGAGUUAGAGGCAAUUAAUGCUACUCUUCUGGAGAAUGGUGAUGAUAUGGAGGAAGAAGAGGAGUUUCAGACACUCUCGGAGGAGGAAGCUGAGCAAGCUUCACGAGCUCAGGUACUGCGUCAGCACGCGCUGGAGGAAGAGAAGAUGGUGAGUGGGGAAGCUGAUGAGGAGAAGGGCACGGGACCAGAAGUGGGAGAGACGAAGCAAGGAAACCGCAAGAGGCUUUUCAAGCCUUCAAUCAGUACUGCAGGGAGCACCAAGAUGAGAUUGGCAAGUGCACUGGUGUCUCCACGCAAAAGGGCUGCGGCGAAGAUGGGGCCUCGUCAGGGAGACAGCAGUAAGCCACCGGAGAGCAAGGGUCCUUCAAACCCGAAGCUGGCUAAUCUUAAAUUCUAAGUUUUAUGGAUCACGCCUUUUUUGCAAGAUCAAGCAAGAAGGAUAUGGUUUGUGGGGGGGUGUUUUUAUUUAUUCGAAUAAGCUCUUUGAGUAUUGGGGUAUUUUUUGGCUUUACGGUUAUAAGGAAAGUAGUACUUGGGAUUUUUCUUUGGGUUUUUGUUAUGUUUUGGAAUAAAAUUUUCUUCUGGUGUUCA